AUGAUGAGUCGCGCCAGUGUCGCCGUGAUCGGUGCCGGACCAACCGGCAUCACUAUGCUCAAGCAGCUACUUCAAGACGGAUUCAACGCUACUCUAUUCGAAAGGCGAAGUCAAGUUGGCGGGCUAUGGGCUUACGACGCAAAGCACGGUUGGACGUCAGCUUUGGAAACAACGAGUGCAAAUAUCAGCAAAUACACAUGCGGAUUUACGGACUAUCCUAUACCAGACAAGUAUCCAGUCCAUCUGAGUACAUGGGACUUUCAAGAAUUCAUGCAAGGCUACGCCGAACACUUUGGACUUUUAAAACACAUCACAUUUGAUACCAGCGUUAAGGUUGUAAAUCGCAACAAGGAAGAUAACGGAUGGGAUGUCCAAGUUGAGAAUGUUGGGAGUGGACAAAUAGAUACGCACCAUUUCGACAAGGUUGCUUUUUGCCAUGGCUAUCAAACAAUGAGGAAAAUGCCAGUCUUUCCAGGACAACAGGAUUACGAGGGAGAUAUUAUGCACGCACAGCAAUAUCGAAGCUCCAAACCUUUCAAAGACAAGACGGUGGUGAUCCUCGGCUUAGCCACCACAACAGACGAAAUCGCACCCCAAGUAGUGUCUGUGGCCAAAAAGGUCUACAUCUCCCAUAGAAGCGGGCAAAUUAUCGUCAAGCGGUUUCGAAAAGGAACACCAGCCGAUCUCUUAGUCUCAUGGAGGCGCCGCGUGAUAAGUCAGUGGAUCGCAAGGAAAUUUCCAAACGCGUGGAGAUUCUUAGCAAACACAGUAGCUAAGCUACUAUCGUCCCAGAUGGCCGGCAUGAAGCUCGAUCCAGCGUGGCGCCUCAAGGAAUUCAAGGACCUCACAUUAAGUCUGCCCGGACUCAUUGAGCAUGUCCUCCCUCUUCUGAAAGAUGGAAGCGUGACGAGUUUACAUGGAAUCAAGCAAUUUAUGGGUGGAAAGUCAAUCGAGUUUGAGGAUGGAACGAUAAUCGACGACGUUGAUAGUGUUAUCUUCACUACUGGCUAUCAAGGCGAUUUUUCCCUAGCACCAUUUGUUGAUAAGACAGGUCCAAAAUCACCCAACUACGGAGGUCCUGCUAUUCAUCGUCUUUACAUGAACGUCUUCCCGCCGAAAUAUGCAGACAGUUGUGUUAUGCUCUGCUACUCAGCAUAUGGUAAAAAUAACGGGUUUUCCUUCAGCGACGUCAUGAACAUGGCUAUCUCGAACAUAUGGCGCGGAGUAAGCGAUCUUCCUACUUACAACGAGAUGGAAGAAUGGGUCGACGACCAUCACAGAUGGCUAGCGUCAAACUGGGCAAGAGAGCCAACUGUAGAUCUAAGCAUGGUCAAACAGUACGAAUUUCAGCCAUGGAUGCAUAAACAAGCUGGAACUGGGAUGGAGAAUCUAGGCUGGGGAUUGGCAGGUUGGAAGUUUUGGUGGGAGGAUCGAAAGAUGUACAAUUUGAUGAAUCAUGGUGUUGAGACAGCUCACAUGUUUCGGUAUUUUGAUACAGGUAAGAGAAGUACAUGGGAUGGAGCGAGAGAUGAGAUCAUACGACAGAACAGAAUUGUGAAGGAGGCUUUCGGAGGAAAACGUAACAAGACGAGAAGCGAGUAG